CCCAAUGCAAUACAGAUAACUGUGUAUGUGUUCAGGUUUUGAAAUCUCGAGGCUUCUUCCUUUGUUCGAUCCAUUGUCUCGGCAACCAAACAGAUCCAAUUUCCUAUGCGCGUCAUACUUCUGUAGACGAUUCGCGCGCAGACGUCGGCUUCUAGGCGGGGCCGAGAGAAUAUAGAAGAAGAGAAGAAAUCGUUUGCGGAGGAAUAUAGGAGGGAAGGAUGGAGAAGUAGGUUGUGGUUAGUGUGUACUUGGUUUGACUAGCGGCAUCCGGCAUCAGUAGACAACCUUUUUUCCCUCCUCGAUUAGGAAUUGUUUUUCGAACAUUGAGAAACAGGAAAAGCGAAAAGAGAAGAGAGAGAGAGCUAAGACCUCGCUUUUCUAUGGGUACUCAAAAAACCCUAGAGUUACGAAGGUUUUGAUUUUCUCGCUCGCUGGACUUUCUCUUCUCCGUCGAAAUCUGACCGUGUUUGCCUUCUCCCCUUCUCCGCCGGCGCGCAGCAGGCCCUAUCCUGAACUUUGAUGGUAUUUGUUUGGGAUUCACUAUUGACAUUUGAAACAAUUUUCUGAUUCCCACGGUCGGCUGUUUUGUUUGAAAAUUUUUAUCUUCUUACCCUUUGUUUGGAUUCUACGAAGACUGUGGAAUGCGAAAGAGAACUGCAAUUGCCCAUUUUUUUUCUUUUCCUUUGAGUUUUCUCGUCUCAAAGGGACAUUAACCUUGUAAAGCUAAUUUAGUUGUGUUGUAAUAUAGAUGCAAUCAAUAUGGCGGAGAUAUGAUUGAUUGCGGGACUCUGAUAUUGAUGCGAGGAUCAAUUUAGGCAGGUAGAUGAAAUAGGCAGUGUUUCUGAAAAAUUUGGUUUUGGUUACGUAUUUUGAGAGUAGAUGGAUAGCAUACAUGGGAGUCAAGGCAGAAUACACAUUCCAGAACAAGCAAUCCACCACCAGGUACAUUACAUGCAAGAGCAGCAUGAUCAUCAUUUGUUGCACCAUAUGAGUGACGGCAAUAUGAUGGAGCAUGAUGAUCACGACAAUAAUGGUGGUAAUGGUGGGGAGAGUGAAGGUAUGGAGGGGGAAAUGCCUUCAGAUCAUGGGAAUCUGUCUGAUAAUCACAACUCACUGGUUGUUCGUGGUAGCAGUGAGAGCAAUGACCAGCUGACUCUCUCUUUCCAGGGUCAAGUUUAUGUUUUUGACUCGGUCUCACCUGAAAAGGUUCAAGCUGUACUUCUAUUGUUGGGAGGCCGUGAAGUACCUCCUAGCAUGCCUACUGUUCCAAUGGGCACUGAUCCAAAUAACAGGGGAUUGUCCAGUACUCCCCAACGCUUUAGUGCGCCUCAGAGGUUGGCCUCAUUGAUUAGAUUUCGUGAAAAGAGAAAAGAACGAAACUUUGACAAAAAAAUUCGUUAUUCUGUUCGUAAAGAGGUUGCACUCAGGAUGCAACGUAAUAAAGGUCAGUUUACAUCUUCAAAACCUAACCAUGAUGGCUCUGCAUCAGCUGUAACUAGUUGGGAUUCAAAUCAGAGCUGGGGUCUUGAUGGUGGUUCCCAGCAGCAAGAAAUCAUCUGUCGGCAUUGUGGCAUCAGUGAGAAAUCCACUCCUAUGAUGCGACGAGGACCUGAAGGCCCAAGGACUCUUUGCAAUGCAUGUGGACUCAUGUGGGCUAAUAAGGGAACCCUGAGAGACCUCUCAAAGGCAGCAGGCCAACCAGGCCAGAAUCCGUCAUUGAGCCAGAAUGAGAAUGGAAAUUUUGAAGUAGAUCAAAUGGUGCUGGGUGGAAUUGCUGGAAAUGGCAGUGAUUCGUCGUCAUAAAUUUUGUUCAUGGUUCCUUAUUAUCCGAAGAAGUAGGCUGCAUUGAAGAAUAUAUAAGAGAGAGUGAAGCCCGGUGGGGGGUUACUUUGACAAAGCCCCUAUUUUACAAGUUAAUUAUAGGCUUACUAGUUGUAGUUCAUCAAUGAUUUUAAGGUUUUGUUCAAUUGUCCUUGGGAGUACUAGCUAGCAUGUAACCUAUAUCUUUUUUUUUUUUUUUUUUUUUUCUUUUUUCUGCUUUUGUUU